AACUGUUCUCCUCUUUUGCUCUUUUUUUUUUUAGGAAUUUAACGAUAUGGCGGACGAUGAAGUUCAAGCUCUAGUUGUGGACAAUGGAUCUGGUAUGUGCAAGGCUGGCUUUGCCGGUGAUGACGCUCCGCGCGCUGUGUUUCCCUCGAUUGUUGGUAGACCUCGGCACACGGGCGUAAUGGUGGGUAUGGGACAAAAGGAUUCCUACGUUGGUGAUGAAGCUCAGUCUAAAAGGGGUAUUUUAACUCUCAAAUAUCCCAUCGAGCACGGCAUUGUAACGAAUUGGGACGAUAUGGAGAAAAUUUGGCAUCACACCUUUUAUAACGAAUUGCGAGUUGCCCCCGAGGAACACCCCGUUCUUUUGACGGAGGCUCCCCUCAAUCCUAAAGCUAACAGAGAGAAAAUGACUCAAAUUAUGUUCGAGACUUUCAACACCCCCGCCAUGUACGUGGCCAUUCAAGCCGUCUUGUCUCUUUAUGCUUCAGGGCGAACUACUGGUAUUGUUCUGGACUCUGGCGAUGGUGUUACGCAUACCGUCCCAAUUUACGAGGGUUACUCCCUUCCUCAUGCUAUUCUUCGAUUGGACUUAGCCGGCCGCGAUUUGACUGACUACCUUAUGAAGAUCCUGACGGAAAGAGGAUACUCUUUUACCACCACUGCAGAACGCGAAAUAGUCCGUGACAUUAAGGAAAAAUUAUGCUACGUUGCUCUCGAUUUUGAUAACGAGAUGUCAACGGCUUCUCAAACCUCGUCUUUGGAGAAAAAUUACGAAUUACCAGACGGACAAGUUAUUACCAUUGGAAGCGAACGUUUCCGAUGCGCAGAAGCCUUGUUCCAGCCUUCGUUCUUGGGAAUGGAAUCGCAAGGAGUUCAUGAGACCACCUAUAAUUCAAUAAUGAAAUGUGACGUUGAUAUUAGAAAGGAUUUAUAUAGUAACACCGUGUUGUCUGGAGGCACUACUAUGUACCCGGGCAUUUCUGAUCGUAUGCAGAAGGAGCUUACAAGUUUAGCACCUUCUUCAAUGAAGAUCAAAGUUAUUGCCCCCCCCGAGCGUAAAUACUCUGUGUGGAUCGGUGGCUCUAUUUUAGCCUCUCUCUCCACCUUCCAGCAAAUGUGGAUUUCUAAGGACGAGUACGACGAAUCUGGACCUUCUAUCGUCCACAGAAAGUGCUUCUAAGCGUAGUAUUUGAUUUUGUGGUCUGCUUUUAUUAGUGGCGGUACUAAUAAAAUAUAAAUUAUUGAAAUUGUAA